AUGGUUUCAUUUCAAUCACCAUCGAUCGAUAUCCAGCAGUUAACACUUUCUGAAUCACCAAGUAAACCUUCAAAGGCCUCUAAUGUGACUAAAAAGAAAUCGAGUUUUAAACGUGAAAUUUCAACCACAUAUGUUGAUACAAAGUUCAUGGAUUUUCUCCUGGCAAAAACGGCCAGAUUGAGUACACCAAAAGAGAGAUUUCCUUCAAAAAUUGCAUCGAUAAAAUCGUUUCUUGACAGAUUGAUCCCGGAAUUGGAGCCAUUAACCGUCCAACAACUUAAAACAUUCAGGCAUAGGAUUUUUCAACUCAUAGAUGAGAUUACUCAACCGACACCUUUUUAG